AUGGCCAAUGCCAAAGAUGCAUCGUCUCUCGCCUUGAGACGUCUCCAACGCUUCAUUGCGCCGAAGAAGGAGUCUGCCAAAGCUGUCCGUGACAUCAGACUGGGACUUGAUCGGAUAUCUCGAGUUGUCCCGGAGGUUCAGCAGUGGCAAGGGGUCCACGUGGGUGGUACUAAUGGCAAAGGCUCGAUCUGUGCCUUCCUCUCUGGGCUCUUCACUCUGGGUGGAAUUGGCUACGGCCGGUUCGUCUCUCCGGCAUUUCCACAUAAGCACAAUGCUGUGACGAUAAAUGGCAAAUAUGUCAACCCUCGGGUGUAUGAGGUGGAGGCGGACAAUGUUCGGAACGCUUACCAGAGGUUGUUGCAAGGUUGGCAACUCGCGGCAGCCGAGGACCCAGGACCGCUUUCUCCUUUUGAGCUGGAGACAGCUACAGCUUUCCGGAUUUUUAACCGUACCGGUGUUCCCUAUGGCAUUGUCGAGGUCGGCAUGGGCGGUGCAACGGAUGCCACAAAUGCUAUGCGUCGAAAAGGUGUUACUGUCAUCUCCAAAAUCGAUCUCGACCACCAGGAGUAUCUGGGAAGGACUCUUGAGCAGAUUGCAAAGGUAAAAGCCGGAAUUAUGCGUCCUGGAGUACCGUGCAUCGUCGACUAUACCAACGAAAAAUCGGUCAUCAGGGUGUUGAGAGAACACGCAAACAGCAUUGGCACGCAAAUAUCUCUCUCCUGGAAGGCCGAACCCUUACUUUCAACUCUCGAUAAUGACCGGUGGAAACUAGAGGACUAUCAAAAGCAAAAUCUCUUGUGUGCAGCUCUUGCCUUUCGCCACCUUUUCCCCUUGAAACCGAUCAAUCUAGACAGGCUCUUAGAAACCGAGCCCUACUUGCCCGGCAGAUUGGAGUGGGUUGGGAUAGACAAGCUUACAGAUGAUCAAUACAAGGCACCGGUUUUGGUUGAUGCCGCUCAUAAUCCUCUUGGAGUCCAAGCAUUGGCUAGAUAUGUCGACACAAAUCUACGCUCCGAAGAUGCCCCCAUCACGUGGGUCAUCGGUUUCUCUUCGAGCAGCACGAAGCCCUUCGAUCAAAUGAUCAAGACUCUCGUUCGGCCCCAAGAUAAUGUUGCUUUUGUGGAAUUCGAUCAGCAGAGCAACGAGCCUCCCCCAACACCUGCAGCGCAUGGGCAGGAAGUGCUGAGAACCGUGAUCUCUUCCACUGAGCAGGUCUAUCAGGGUGAACCCAACCUUCGAGACGCGUUGCACUGGGCUGCGUCAAAAGCUGGUGCCGGGCGGCUGGUGAUCACUGGCAGUCUUUACUUGGUACGAGACUUUUAUAUGCUGGAUGGCGUGCACCGAUUCAGGGGUGAAACGAGGACACAGCAACCGACCUCGUCCCAGCUAUGGCGAUUAGAAAAGUUGCGAAAUGAGCGGGCUCUGACACAAGAAGAGCAUGAAGAAUUCAAGCAGGCCAAAUGGCUUUUGCAUGAAUCCAAGCUCAACAAUGCGAUGGACAAAAUCAAGGGGACCAACAAGCGGCUAAAGGAAAGCCCAGCUUCUAAGAAAAAUCCGCAACCCAAGGCAUCCCUAACUGCUGCAGAUGACCCUGCCGGACUCGUCAAACUUCGCAACAUAGCUCGCCGACACAGAUAUCAGCUAAGAGGAUAUCGCAUAGCCAUACGCAGCAUCGGCAAUGAUAUUGAUCAGGAGACUCAAGCAGGAGGAGAGCUCAGCAGCGAUAUCCUGUCCAAGCUCCGGGAAGACGCCGAGCUUCUCAAGGCACAAGCAGACAAACACUACCUUGCGCUUGAGGAUUUACUGGACAGGUUCCGAAAUCAUCCCGAUGCGCCCAAGAUUUUUGGCCCCCGCCUCGAGGAGACACUCCUGGGUAAAUCUUACGCUGGAUCAGAGGAUAGCCCUUUCAAUGCGGCUACGGAACUAGAUGUUAAGGAAGAGCCCGCCGAAUCCGAGAAGGAAGAGGCCCUAUCCUCGCGAAAAGGGCAUGAAGCAACAACAGACAAGCCCGCAUGGCUCAUCGCGGAUUUCCAGCGUGGGGAAUCGCCAACAUUCGUCGAGCACGCCCGAGCAGGGGUUCGCCUUCUCGCCGAGCACGGUCAAGAUGCCAUCCUCGCCUAUUCCGGCGGCCCAACGAGGGGAGAGACCCGGCUCUCCGAGGCACAAAGCUACUUCAACAUCGCCCUAGAAAACGCCUUCUGGGGCUACUCCAUCCCAGAGGGGCAGAUCAUACUCGAGGAGCGCGCCCUCGACUCCUACCACAACGUGCUCUUCAGCCUGACGCUUUUCUUCUCGCGGUUCGGCGUCUGGCCGCGGCACAUGACGAUUGUGAGCCACGCGUUCAAGCGUCCGAGGCUGAUUGACGGGCACUGCGUCGCCAUAGGCUGGCCGCUUGGCAGGGCGAGCUUUGUCGGCAUCGACCCGCCGGGGCUGGCUGGGAAGGAGGAUGCUGUGGAGGGUGCUGCCCGGGCGAUUGGGGAGUGGUUGGAUGACCCUCAUGGACGGGGGGCGAGCUUGAAGGGGAAGAGAGCCAAGAGGAAUCCCUGGGGAGUAAGUCAGGGUAUAUUUGAGAAGGGGGUAGAGGCUUCCGUGAGAGAGAAUGCCAAGUUGUCAGCACGGGGGGAGAGUGAUGAUGAGACUUUGGAGGAUACUAUCUUUGGUCUAGGUCCCUCCCCUACAGCCUUCACCAAAAACUCAACAGCCUGCUCUACCAUUUCCGCGCUGAACCAGUGCCCAACCCCAUCAAACACACGGUCGUCAAUCUGCAACCCGCCAACCUCCGCCAGCACUUUCACAAACGGCGCGGUAAACUUAUGCGGUACCAGCUGGUCAUCCCCCCCAGAGAGGAGAAGCAACUUUUUGCUCCUCAACCCCCGCGAAUCAACCAGCGCCGACAGCCGCGAACGCUCAACCUCAGAUAGGGGAAGCUCAGGAAGAGGAGCGUCAGAGAACAAGAACCCCUUGGGGUCGUUCGCCUUACAGACAGCAACGAGAUCCCGCGGGAAGAACCUGCUCCCGAGGAACUGCGCGCCGCAGUCGAGCUUCGACCCAGCCGCCCUGCCACCCAUGAGGCCUAGAUAG